CACAGGUGACACACCCCUUCCCCACUCACCCACUUAAAAAUGCUCCGAUCGGCCGGCCAUUCCCAUGGCUUCUCCUCGCCCGCUACCCCGAGUCCGUCCCCUCUUCGCUCUCUUCCUCUCUCUUCUCUUUCUCGUUUUCCUCCUCCCAUGGACGGCCGGCUCUUCUCCGCUGGAGUCAUCCCACCUAUAUCGAGUCCUCCACAUCCAAGAACGGGAGCGCUUACCGCCCGCCAUCCAGGUGGCCGCCGCCCGUGGCCUUCUCGCCCGCCCUAUUCCACGUUUCCAGCUUCGAAUUCGAGAUCGUUUCCAAGGACUAAGCGUUUCUGCAUUUCUUGAAAGGUUUGUGUUGAAUCGAGGCUUUAUGGGUUUGAUUCUUGAUGUGCUCUGUAUGUGCUAGAUCGUUGGUUCUUGGAUUUCUUUAGGAGGGUUAAAUUAUCUGGUUUCUGCUGAAUUGGUUUCCUUCUUCGUCCAUUUCCCCGAGUCUUGGGUUCCUUCCUCUCUCUCUUGUCUUUCUCCUAGGCCUCGUCGCAUGGACGAAUGGCUCUUCUCCGCUGGAGUCCUCCAAUCUAUAUAGAGUCUUGCCGACAUCCAAGAACGGAGGCCCUCGCCGCCGUCAUCCAGGUGGCCGCCGCCCCUGACCUCCUCGCCCGCCUCCUCCUUUAUCACGUUUCCAACUUCGAGUUUGAGAUGGUUUCCAAGUGUGCUAGACCGUUGGUUCUUGGAUUACUUUGGGAGAGUUGAAUUACCUGAAUCUUCAAAGGAGGAAAAAAUUGACAAGUGGAAGUAUUGGCGUCAUUGUAUAGAGGAUCAUGGAAACAUGUGGUGGAGUAGCAUGCUUCAGUAUUAGCAACCAUCCAUCAUUAAGUACAAAAGGAUUCCCAGAAAUACUAAUCCAAGGAACAAGUGGUGUUGAACUUUCUGCUGGUCUCCAUUGGUACUUAAAACCAAGGUUCGCAAUAUCGUACCGUACCGGUAUUUCGACCUGGGCUCGGUAUCGGUAUAGUACGGUGUACCGAGCACUGUAGCACUGCAACAGUGCACUGCAACGGUGCACUGUGCUGCUACAGUCGGACCGGUACCGGGCGAUUCGCGUACCGCUGGCCUGUCGGAUCGGUACGUAUCGGGCGGUACGAUUCGGUACGACAGACACUGCUUAAAACAUCGGUGUCUGAUACACAUAUCUUGGGAAAAGACCGGUGGUCUACAGUUGUCAUCUCUACCAAAAGUGGGCUCCCUUCCGCAUGUUCCUUCGGCUGGUAUUUUGGUACAAAGACCUGUUCCGUUGAGUUACUACCAGAAUGCUGUUACAUCCAGUUAGGUAUAAUAUUAGCCGUAGAGAUCUGGAUGAUUUUUUCGGGGGGCCUGCAUUUCUUUCAUGGUCACGUAUGGGAAACUUGCAUGGAUGGGGUGGACCCCUGCCUCAAAGUUGGCUUGAUGAUCAACUUGUUCUUCAGAAGAAAAUUCUUCCUAGGAUGUACUCGUUUGGAAUGACUCCGGGGUUGGUUAUUUUAAUAUGGCCCGUUCUGGAAACCACCUCAGAUGAAGGCUCUCUUGCAUUCAGCAUGCCGGUACAUGGACCGCUCGCUAUCGGGCGGAACACUCAAUAUCGUCCCGUAUCAGAUGAAACAGGGGCAUAUCGAACGGUAACAAUUGAAAUUUCGAUCGUUAUCGCCCGACACAGUUACUGCUCGACAUAGCACGGUUGGCGUUGGAAUGUCUAUGGAAGGCAUUGAGCAAAAUCCUGUUGUUUAUGAUCUGAUGUCUGAAAUGGCAUUUCAUCAUAAACCAGUAGAUGUCAAGGACAAAAAUCGAGAUGUAAUUGUUGCAUUUCCAGAUGUUGAUCCGUCUGUCAUAUUGAUACCAGAGAUAUUUGAAGAGAGAAAGCUUGUGCAUUUUAGUCGACAAUUAUCAGAACGAGAGCCACUGAAGGAAACAGCUAAUUCUUAUGAUCAACCAUAUUUAUGGUAUUCAACUGCUGAUGUCACACGCGCAUUAGUUCUUUUCCUAGAAAAUGGGUAUGACGUAUCAGAUAGCCAGACUUUCAGGUAUGAUCUCGUGGAUCUCACCCGUCAGGCAUUAGCAAAGUAUGCAAACAAAGUAUUCUUGAAGAUUAUAGAAGGGUACCAACUCAGUAAUUUAAAACAAGUGAACAUAUAUAGUCAGCACUUUCUUGACCUUGUGAAAGAUUUGGACAUGCUUUUGUCAUGCCAUGAUGGAUUUCUACUUGGACCCUGGUUGGAAAGUGCCAAGCGCCUUUCAAGAUACCCAGAACAGGAGCAACAGUUUGAAUGGAAUGCAAGGACUCAAGUAACCAUGUGGUUUGAUAACAUUGAGACUGAAGCUAGUUUGCUUCGUCAUUAUGGAAACAAGUACUGGAGUGGUCUUCUACUAGACUACUAUGGGCCAAGAGCAUCUAUAUAUUUCGAGUACAUGAUAGACAGCUUGGUGAAGGGGGAGAGUUUCCCAUUAGAAGACUGGAGGAGGGACUGGAUAGGCCUUACCAACAAGUGGCAAAACAGUAGAAAUUUGUUUCCAGUGAAAGCUUUUGGUGAUGCUCUAAAUAUAUCUCGAUGGCUAUAUGACAAGUAUUUUUGUACUGAUAACUUGCAAUCACUUUAUAUGGGUUCAAACUAUGAAGAAGCUGCUAAUUUUGUGAUCUUUUAUUUUUGACACACAAUCUCCUGAUGAUUAUUUUUGACACACAAUCUCCUGAUGCCACAAUUUGAGUUUCUUAUUACUCUGUAACACUAGAGUCAACUUAGUACUUAUGAGCACUUAAUA